AUGCCCUUGGGGGCUCAGCGGACGAGAGCCCGCCGGCCAGUGCAGCGGACGAGCCUCGACCCCUGGUCCGGGAAGAGUCCGCAUGCUACAGAGCAGCUGGGCCUGUGGGCCCCUGACCCUGUGAGCCCACACGCGUGUGCUCCGCAGCAAGAGGGGCCGCCACAGCUGGAGAAAGCCCACCCGGCAACAGGGACGCAGCGCAGCCAGAACUAA